AGUAUUCUGCCAUUUAAAGCGCCAGUGAUCCCGGGUGUUUGCGGGUCCGCGGUGAUGAUUUGAUCGAUUAGCGGGCAUUAAUGUGUCGUGUAGGCCUCGCCCGUGAGGUCCUCUGCCCGUGAACGCGGAACCGGACCUCAGAGCACCGGGAGAGAGACGGGAGAUGCGCUGACGCGACGGAUUGACGGAUUCCCGUGACGCGUGUGUUACCGAUGGAGGACUGGGCCCAGUGUUUGGACGAGGCCGUGCGGGUCGCGCGCAGAGCCGGGCAGGUGGUGGCGUGUGCAGUGCAGCAGGAGAAGUGUGUGCGCAGUAAAAGCACUCCCACAGAUCUGGUGACGGAGGCGGAUCAGCAGGUGGAGGAGCUCAUCAUCUCCACCCUCAGGAGCAGAUUCCCGGAGCACAGGUUUAUCGGAGAGGAAUCGUCUGCCGCCGGAGUGAAGUGUGAACUGACCGACAGCCCGACCUGGAUAAUAGAUCCCAUCGACGGGACCUGUAACUUCGUGCACAGUUUUCCAAUGGUGGCAGUGAGCAUCGGAUUCGCUGUGAGGAAAGAGCUGGAGUUUGGUGUGAUCUACCACUGUUUCGACGGGACACUGUACACCGCCAGAAAAGGACACGGAGCCUUUCGCAAUGGUGUUCGACUACAGGUUUCCAAAGAAAAAGAUGUGUCCAAGGCCCUCAUUCUGACGGAGAUCGGGGCCAAGAGAGACCCUGCAACACUGGAUAUCUUCCUGGGAAAUAUGAAGAAAAUGUUGAGCGCACCGACUCAUGGUGUGAGGAUCGUCGGCAGCUCGACUCUCUCCCUGUGUCUCGUGGCCAGUGGCUCGGCGGAGGCGUAUUACCAGUUCGGUCUUCACUGCUGGGACAUCGCCGCGGCCGCCGUCAUCAUCAGAGAGGCCGGAGGCGUCGUCAUCGACACCACAGGGAACACACUCGACCUGAUGUCCAGAAGAGUAGUGGCCGCUGGGACUCGUGAGAUCGCAGACUAUGUGGUGAAGCAGCUUCAGCCUAUAAACUACGGGCGUGACGACAGUGACCCCUGACCUCUGACCCCUGACCCCAUCCUAUUACCUCAGAACACACAAUCCUGCCACGUCACAUCUGCAGUGUCCUUUCAGCGCUAUACUCACAUGUUUAACCAUCCUAAAGUCACGAAGAUGACCCGUAAUCACCCCAGCCACGACCUUUGACCUCUAACACCUUCAUCCGUGGAGAUCACGCUAAACACCGGAUCAUGACUCGCCAAACCUGCUGAUUCACCCAAUAUAACGAGUGUGAUCUCACAGUGGAAGAUCUG